AUGGCUGCGGCGGGGACAACCCAGCCGGAGAUUGUCCUCGAAGGUUCUUCUGUAGUCAACGACGCCGUUGACUACGGGGACGGCGACGUGGAGAUGAAAGAGGGCGACGUCUCUUCAAGCAAGCGCAAGGAGUCUACCGUCAGCGAUAGUCUCGACCCGGCGUGCGGGUCGAGACGCCCUCGUGAAGGAGACGACUCGGACGCUUCGAGCUCGAAACGUUCGCGCGGCGAGAGCGAAACUCCACUCUCUGCUGCUGGGGCUUUAAUCUCCUCGCAGAUCACAGACCGUGUGGGCAACACCGUGCCUCCAAAUGAAAUCCCGCUGUACGUAUGCAGCGGCAUCCACGACGAUGCUGUGGCGGAGGAGCAGCACUUUGAUACGUUAACGAAUCAAAGGCCCGAUUACUACAUCGGGCUCUUCCACGAGCUCCGGUACUUCUCCAGCAAGAAGACCUCUUCUCGCAGCAAAAACUUCAACAAGAAACCGGCUGCUUACCGCGAGCCGGUCAAGCAUACCCGUGAACGCUUCGAGACAUUCUCGACGCGCGGAAGGCUGGAGCAGCUCCACAGAUCCUCUGUGGACUCUGGUAUUCCAUGCGCUGUGCCCGAAGGCCAACAGUGCACGUUGUGUCUUCAGGGUGCAGCGCGCUUGAGCGACCGCGACCUAAACUGGUACACGACGAUUCAUGUACCUGCGAGUCUCAAGGAUCUCCGUGCCAAGUUCCUGGCACGCGAGGAACGCGACGAUCGCGGGACUUCGGGCGCUGCAGGUGACUACAGCGCUCGCACUACCUUCGCGCCGGUAGUGCGUGGUGAGCUUCGUACGCCCUCACCAUUUCCGGAACGUCCUGCAGCAGGACGUCCCGCGGCUCCCAUCGUAUUGAGCCGCGGGCGUCGCGGAUCGGAGGCGGCGGUGGUGGGAACACGCCCCGGGUAUGGUCAACCAGGGGUUAACCUUGGCCCGACGCUCGAGGAGCGGGUCGCUGCUGUGGAGCAGCUUCAGAGCCGGGAGUUCGCCGCUCUGAAGCAGGAGGUGGCGAUCCUGAGGCCUCAAGUCGAUCAGGGUUCGCAGACCGCGUCGGACAUAUCUGUCCACAUGGGAGGUCGCGUCGUACGCUUGGUCCAGCGCGUUCACGUGCUGGAGCAGAGAUUCGCUCCCGCUGGGGCUUCCGCUUCGGGCCAGCCGAGCUAG